ACAAAAAACCCAGAAAGAAAAUAGACGAGAUAUAUAUGGCUAAGUCUCAAUUCUCUCUGCUACUUUGUUUAAGCAUUGUGGUGGGUUUUGGGUUUCUCAGUGGUUCUUGGGCUAAAGAGACUGUUGGGAUUUAUGAGCUCAAUAAGGGAAAUUUCUCUGUAAAGUUCACCAACUGGGGUGCUACUAUCAUGUCCCUUGUUGUGCCUGACAAACAUGGAAAGCUAGCCGAUGUUGUUCUUGGAUAUGAUAGAGUCAUGGGCUACAAGAAUGAUUCAGUUUACUUUGGAGCCAUUGUUGGACGGGUAGCCAAUAGAAUCGCGGGUGCUCAAUUUACUCUAGAUGGAAAACACUAUAAACUAGUAGCUAAUGAAGGGAAAAAUAUGCUUCAUGGUGGUUCAAAGGGAUUUUCUGAUGUUAUUUGGGAAGUAAAGAAGCAUAUCAAUAAAGGUCCCGCUCCUCGCAUCGUCUUCGCUUACAGCAGCUUUGAUGGUGAAGAAGGAUUCCCAGGUAAUCUCUCUGUCACUGUGUCCUACACCCUCCUGGAAGACAACCAAUUGGACAUAAUAAUGAAAGCCAAAGCUCUAAACAAGGCCACACCAGUGAAUCUAGCCCAGCACACGUAUUGGAACCUUGGCGGCCACGACAGUAACGGUGUGGUAAUUCAGAUCUUUGCAUCACAUUAUACACCUGUUGACGGCAAGCUUAUUCCAACUGGCAAGGUUGUGUCGGUGAAAGGUACACCAUACGAUUUUCUCGAACCCCAUGCCAUCAAUUCCAAGAUGGACAAGCUUCCCAACGGCUAUGAUAUAAACUACGCGCUUAAUGGCAGUUUGAGCCACAAGAUGAGGACAGCAGCUAUCGUGUACGAUAAGAAGUCGGGAAGGAAGAUGGAGCUACUGACGAAUCAACUGGGUGUGCAGUUCUAUACAGGAAAUUAUCUGAACGGCGUAAAGGGAAAACAUGGAGCUGUAUAUCAAGCUCAUGCAGGACUGUGUUUUGAGACUCAAGGGUUCCCUGAUGCAGUGAAUCACCCCAACUUCCCUUCACAGAUAGUGAGACCUGGCCACACUUACAAGCAUCAUAUGCUGUUCAAGUUUUCAACUCAUUAGGCCACCAUUUUACUUUCUUUUCUUUUUCUUUUCUACUUUCUUUUUUCUGGGAGAAACUGGACUGAUGGAGGCAACAUGUUGUUGAAGAAUUAAUAAGAAGGAAAAAAAAAACUGUACAAUCCCAUUAUAUUACAUUGAAGGAUUUUCCAUAUUGCUCUCAUGCACUCAAUGUCUA